AUGUCCAUUGAAUUCAACGCUCUACAACAUCAAUUAGAUGCUACCACCACUGAAAUUGAAAAAUGGUGGUCUCAACCACGUUGGAACUCCACCAAGAGAACUUACACUGCCAGAGAAAUUGCUGCAAGACGUGGUAAUUUCCCCGCUUUAACUUACCCAUCAUCUGUCAUGGCUGAUAAAUUAUUCAAAGUCUUGGAAAAUCAUCAUGAGAAUAAGACUGUCUCAAAGACUUUCGGUGCCUUAGAUCCCGUACAAAUUACUCAAAUGUGCAGAUAUUUGGAUACCAUUUAUGUCUCAGGAUGGCAGUGUUCCUCUACUGCAUCCACUUCCAAUGAACCUGGUCCAGAUUUAGCUGAUUAUCCUAUGGAUACUGUGCCAAACAAAGUGGAACAUUUAUUCAAAGCUCAAUUAUUUCACGAUAAGAAACAAUUAGAAUGUAGAAGUAGAUGCACUUCACCAUCUGAAUUAAAGGAACAAGGUGCUCCAAUUGAUUAUUUGAGACCAAUUAUUGCUGAUGCUGAUGCUGGUCAUGGUGGGUUAACUGCUGUUUUCAAAUUGACUAAGAUGUUUAUUGAACGUGGUGCUGCAGGUAUCCAUAUUGAAGAUCAAACUUCAACUAAUAAGAAAUGUGGUCAUAUGGCCGGUAGAUGUGUUAUCCCAGUGCAAGAACAUAUCUCUAGAUUAAUUACCAUUAGAAUGUCUGCUGAUAUUAUGAAUUCUAAUUUGAUCAUUGUCGCAAGAACUGAUUCUGAAGCUGCAACACUUUUAAGUUCCACUAUUGAUAAGAGAGAUCAUUAUUUUAUUGUAGGUGCAACCAAUCCAAAUCAACGUGAAUCAUUCGUGGAAGUCAUUGAUGAAGCCAUUGGUAAGGGUUACAAUGCCACUCAAUUAGCCGCUGUUGAACAAAAAUGGAUUGAAGAAGCUGGAUUGAAAUUAUUCCAUGAAGCCUUUGCUGAUGAAGUGAAAAAAUCUGAAUUACCAGCUGCCACCAAGCAAGAAAUUAUUAAUAAAUUUAAUGCUAAAGUGGGUCCUUUGACUGAAACAUCUAAUAAGGAGGCAAGAGCCAUUGCUAAACAAUUAUUGGGACAUGAUAUUUACUUCAAUUGGGAAACUCCACGUGUAAGAGAAGGUUUAUACCGUUACAGAGGUGGUACUCAAUGUGCUGUGAUGAGGGCACGUGCCUUUGCUGAUUAUGCUGAUUUAGUAUGGAUGGAAUCUAAUUAUCCUGAUUAUGAACAAGCUAAAGAAUUUGCUGAAGGUGUCAAGGCUAAAUAUCCAAAUCAAUGGUUAGCAUACAAUUUAUCACCAUCAUUUAAUUGGACAAACGUAAUGUCUCCACAAGAUCAAAAGACAUUUAUUCAAAGAUUGGGUGAUUUGGGUUACAUUUGGCAAUUCAUUACGUUGGCCGGUCUACAUACUACUGCAUUGGCAUCUCAUCAAUUUACUCGUGAUUUCGCUAAAGACGGUAUGAUGGCAUAUGCACAAAAUGUUCAACAGAGAGAAAUGGAUGAAGGUGUGGAUGUCUUGAAACAUCAAAAAUGGUCUGGUGCUGAAUACAUUGAUGGUGUUCUAAAAUUGGCUCAAGGUGGUAUUAGUGCAACUGCCGCCAUGGGUAAAGGUGUCACUGAAGAUCAAUUCAAAGAGAGCAAGUUAUAA